AUGAGGCACCUCGCCAACGUCACCGGCGAGGCCGCCGUCGCCAACAUGACGGACGACGCGCUCCAGGCCGUGAUCGGGCUCGUGAGGCACAACGACCGCGGCCUGACCGCGGCGGGCCUCGUACAGACCUACGAGUACGGCAGUGACGUGGCCGUCGUGCUACGGAACGACCUCGCCGCCUUCGGGCUGCUGGCGGUCGCCCAGCACAGGUACGGGGACGUGUGCCACAGCCUGGUGGCCGCCGCCGCGUACUCGGCUUUGCUGGCGGCGCGCCGCCUCCGCGGCCACGCGAGCGCGCGGUGGCUGCUGGCGGCGGGCCUGCCGGCGGUCGCCUGCUCGCUGAGGACGAGUGCCCUGAGGUGCCCGAUGGUGACUGUGCUGCUCGCCCUGCUGGGCGUGCUGUGGCUGAUGUGCAGCACGACCUGCAGAGCCGACCUGCCGGAGCGCUGGGUGAGCCUGCCGUGCACCGAUCCUCCCCAGGCUCGCGGGAGAGAUGCACGCGGUCGCGGAGCUGACGCAGGCGCUCGGGCUGCUGCUGGGAGCCGGGAGCUGCCUCUGGCUGGGCGCCUGAGAGCCGGCCGGCGGGCCGGGGCGUCCGCGUGGCCUCUCCGUGGGGCCUCGGGCCUUGGGGAGUCCUAG